AUGCAAUACCUGGGUUCGCCAUUCCCGGUGAAUGUCUACGAACCUGUCGACAUUUCCAAACUGCGAAUUUUCGGACCUGGAGUCGAAGGUCCAGUGAAGAGCCAGGAACCCACUCACUUCACCAUAGAUGCCAAACAAGCUGGUUCUGGUGCAGUUGAGGUUGCUCUCGCUGAUAAAAAUGGUAAAGCUGUCGCAAUCGAUGUGCUGGACAACAAUGACGGAUCAUUCACUGUGAAGUACACUGCACCGAGGCCAGGACCAUACCAGCUGAACGUGGUUUUUGCUGGUGCUCAAGUUCCGCCAAUAGAGAUCAAUGUUGAGCCUCAGAUCGACACGUCUGGUAUCAGAGUCACGGGUCUGGAAAACGCGAUCGUAACGGUGAACUGUGAGCAGGAGGUGCAUGUGUUCACGCCUGACGGUGACAACACUCGAAUCGUGAUCGUCAGUCCCUCUGGCAGUAUCGUUGAAGCGACCAUAGAGUCUACCGAAACUGGAAUGCGUGUGUGGUUCACUCCGUCGGAAAUUGGAGAUUACACCAUAUCUGUCACGUAUCGCGAUCUCCCUGUUGGAGAGCCUUGCCUUUUACAUUCGGUGCCUGAUGGUAACAAAGCAGAGGCAGAAUACGUUGUCUCGAGAACCGGGCCACCAAGAGCCGAUCUGGUCACCGUUACAGGACCUGGUCUUGGGCCUGUGAUCGUACAGCGAUCAACGCAUGUUUCUAUUGACUUAACCUCUGCUGGAUUCGGUGACAUUGACCUUUUCGUUGACGGACCAACAAGGACCCCGAUUCACUGCGUGGACAAUCAUGAUGGAACACUUACGAUGUAUUACGUGCCACAAACUCCAGGCGUGUACUUUUUGCGAGUGAUGUUCGACAGCAGUCAUAUUGCAGGCAGUCCAUUUCAAGUCCUAGCCGUUCCAGCCAUACUGGCAUCUUCGCUAACAAGUGAACCUGAAAUUCCGGACAGCCCAUUUACUUCAUUGUCCAAUGAAUCUUCUACACCGAAAAGCACUCCCUGUGCCUGA